CAUGGACAUAUUUGGUACUGGCGCAGUAGCCAGCUACUAUAGAUGUUCAAGGGGAUGCGUCUACAGCUAUGCAAUAUUUAUAUUGUUGUUUAGAGAGGUUGUUGGGAGGUGCACCGGGGGUUUCAUUAACCUCAGUUUCUUACUGGACCUGGAAUAAGAUUGGGAUCCUUUUGAGAUGUGAUUAACUUUAUUUUUUCGUACUAGUUGCAUGCUAAAAAAACUUGAUAGCAUUUGCUAACCGGCUGGCAAAAUGUGUUUGACAGCUAGGGAACAUUGCCUAACCAGCUAGCUACAAGGUUAGCUAUAGCUAGCUAGCUAGCCACCAAUGACGAGAAUUGGAUUUGUUUGACAACUUGGUAAUAGCUAAUGUUAACUUCAAACAAUUUUGAAAGUAUCUGAAUUCUAAGAAACGUAACGUUGAAUAGUGUUGGUUGUAAAACUAUCUAGUCAUUUGCCAGAUUGAGUAUGCAUUGGGCUAGCAGCUAACGUUAGCUUGCUUGCUGACAGCAACUUGAAUUUGCAGCGUUGUUGCACAAUGUUAGCUACAGAUUACAGAAUGUGCAAUCAGGAAAAUGACCCAUGUUACACUUAUUUUAUAUAUAUUUUUAUAUUUUUGUUGCAGUAGUCUAAAAUAGCUGUUCUCAAACCUCACCUCGGGGACCACCAGACGUGUCAAAAUUGUGUUGUCCUUUGUAACGUUAGCACACCAGAUUCAUUUAAGUUAAUUAAGGGCUUGAUUAAUUGGCAAGUUUAAUCAGGUAUACUAGCUUUGGAAAUGCAUGGAACUUGCGGGAGGUCCCAGAGGAGAGGUUUGAGAAUCACUGCUGCAGGGAAGAGUGAGGACAACCUAUUUAUUUGUACUGCACUCAUGUCAAAAUAGGCUUACUUUUUUUUAUUGACAUAAGUUAACCAUUGAGCCUUGUUUAGUGGAGCAAAGGAAAUUAUUAUUUUGUCUCAUCUCUAUUUUCAAGAAUGUUCAGGAGUCCACAAAUUCUGGCCUUGACAUGCCCUGUCAGAACGCUGCUGCUGUCUGUCAGAGACCCCUGCGUGCCUGCCCUACCUGAACUCGCCUGUCAUAGGUGGAAUGGACCCAAAGCAGGGAUAAGUCUCUGUCAGGGGGAUGGAGGGAAUGGUGGAGGGAAGGAGGCAGUGCCCCUCUCUUCAGCCAUCUCUUCACACCUUGUUAGCAGAAGCACCUCUGGUUGUGAAAGCUGUCUCCUAAACACCGCACCUCAACACCCCUUACAAAAAGCCACCCCUCCCAACCGACCUCAAUUGUCUCAGGACUCUAGCUUUGUCUCUUUGAAACAUACACCACGGCUGCCGGUGAUAGUAGCAUGUGACCCUUGGAAAACCACUUCAUUGGAACAUUUGGACAAUUCCAAAGCCAUCGAAUGUUCUAGCGACCGUAAGUGCCUUCUACAAAGGAGGCAAACUGGCAAUGGUAGCCAAUGUUUGUCUGCUGAGGUGAAGGUCAACAUCACAUUCAGUGUUAAAAGUGGCAAGAUUCACAAGGACAUUUUUCACAGACUGCUUGUGUCCACACCCAAACAGUGGACUGUGGAUCCCCAGCGACUCCUUUCACUCCAGAGCCACGGCCUGCACCAGUCUGCUGCCUCCGGCCCUGAGGGUGCCCUGAGGGAGUGCCUUUCGCUGGUGAACGAGGCGCGCUGCCGGCAGAGCCUGGAGCCUAAUGUGGCUCUCUAUGAGAAAUAUGUCCGGGGGGAAAGGGGACCCAGUGAGGCCCAGGGGAAGUGGGCGUCUGUGCUGGUCUCUCUUUGCUCUGUGGAGGGAGAGCCCGCCUUCCUGUUCACCCUUAGAUCCACAGCACUGAAGGGCAGACACAAGGGCGACGUCAGUUUUGCAGGAGGCAAGCGUGACCCCUCGGACAAGGACGUUGUGGACACCGCCCUGAGAGAAGCUUGUGAGGAACUGGGCAUCACUGUGGCAACAAACCAAGUGUGGGGUGUGCUGAAACCAAUCCAGGAUAUGUCGGGAAUGAUGAUAGCCCCUGUACUGGCCAACCUCGGCCCCCUGGAGGCGCUGUCGUUCAAGCCAAAUCCUGCCGAGGUAGAAGAGAUUUUCACCCUGUCGCUCUCCCACGUAUGCAGUCCCCAGAAUCAGGGAUACACCCACUUCCGUACCGGUGAGCGCUACGGAUACACCCUGCCCGUGUUCCGCAACGGGAAGCACCGCGUGUGGGGCCUCACUGCCGUGGCCCUCGAACACACGCUCAAACUCAUCGCGCCGCCAUGACAACCAAUCAUUGCAGCCAUCACUACUGUUUCUUUGUAAAGUAUAGUGUAUGUGUGAUUACAGAAUAAUUUGAUUAUUUGUUUCAUAUGUGAAAUUGAUCAUUGGGGCUUAUGUAUCAAUUGAGGACUUCUUAUAAUCAGUGUAUCCCAUAUACUGUAAGCAUACAUGUCAGAAGUGAUAUAUUGAAUAAAUGAGAUAUCAGGUAGGGUCAUGUAAGGAACAAUCAACUUCCAUGUCAAAGCCACUUUGGAUUGUACUGUCACUAUAUUUUGUCAUGCUGACAUAAAAAUCUGAGGUUCUCCCUGGAAAGGUAAAAUCUUUACAGUUCAUUCAUUCACUAACCGUAUGAAGGUAAGGCACCAUGUUUUGCAAAACAUCAAGCUACAGUAUGUCAAAAUCAGCAUUGUUUUAAUUAAUAUGUACAUUCAUUUUCUAUUCCCACGUUAACUCCAACCGGUUCUGUUCCAUACAUCUGUGUUCUGCUGUACAAGGUUAGAACCAUAUAGAGUCUGCAGAAAUGCAACAUUGUGAUUAUUUUUGUAUGUAAAGGUCCUUUGAUGAUGAUCAGUGUCCAAGCGAGACUGCAAGACUCCCAAGAUUCCUUGAAAAGAUUGGAGCUUUGAUGGUAUUCUUAAGAGUUCUUAUAGUCCUGUGAUGGAUUCAUCUCAUAACUAUGGUUGUACUGUAGCAAAUGAAUUGGGCAGGUGCUAUACUUCAAGGGAUGGAGCACUCCAUAGGGUCUUGGGAGUCAGGCAGCAGGUGGCAGUUGAAGGGCCAGCUGAAGGUGAAGACGUCCCGGGCCUGACUACACUGCUGCGCUGCCCAGGAGCACACUGACCGGCAGGGCUGCAGUGGGGCAUGAACAUCCCACACACCAGCCUGCGCAGGGGCUGGAAACACGCCAGCUCCAUCAGCACCUGGUAAUAACCACAAACCACAGAGGAGAGAGUUAUAGAGCGGCUGUACAGUAUCUACCUCCAUCAGAAUCAAACACCUAAAGGUCUGCACAUCCCUUUUAUGGUCUUUUUCAGUGUGUAGUUGGUUUAUCGUGGAUGAAACAGCAUAUUGCUAUGCACCAGUGGAGGCUGUUGACGGGAGGGGGGCUCAUAAGAAUGUCUGGAAUGGAAUGGUAUGAAACACAUGAACACCAUGUGUUUGAUUCCAUUCUGGCCAUUAUUAUGAGUCGUCCUCCCCUCAGCAGCUUCCACUGCUAUGCACCUACAGUAUAUUAUGUUACAAACAAUGUUCAAGUUAACUAAAAAUACAUUAAAGAAAAAUGUAUAUUG